AUGCAAAUAAGAAAUCAAUUGACCCAGUUGACUUUCAUUUGUCAGAUUACAUCAAUCCUCUUUCAUGCUAUGAUUGUACAGCUAAGGCCUGAUGAAAGUCCUAUUUACAAAGCCUUUCUAAAAUCUGUUGUUGUCAGAAUUAUGAGACCUUUUCCUUCUGUUUUCCUUAAUAGCAUAGUAUUCAAUAAGUCAACAUGA